UUAAGUUAGGUUUACAAAUGCAUGGAUGAUUGGAUUCAAAAGCCCCAAUGGGCCCACACAACAAUAACGCUUUCCACACUUUUGCCAUUCUUCUUCGUCCUCCAACCAUGAAUCCUGCUGCCACACGCAGUUGCAGUUGCGGUUUCAUAACCGCCGUACAACGCAGCCGAAUUGCCGCCGGAAAUAUUCCGUAUAGCUGCCGUACAACGGAGCCGAAUUGCCGCCGGAAAGAUUCUGUAUAACCGCCGCUCUCCGCCUCUGCAAGUCAAAACCCUAAUUGACGUGACACUAGCUGGUACUCUCGAUCGUCUUCUUCACCCGGCGAUUCUGAUUCAGAUACGUUCACAAGGUGACAUUGUCGAAGUCAUCGAGAAAGAUUGGCAUUGUGAAGAACUUCCUUGGUGAAUUGUCAAAGCCACCAAGAGAAGAUACAUUCUUCGCUUUAUUGUUGAAGCCAUCAAGAAAAGAUAUAUUCUUUGCUAGAUGUUGAAGCUAUCAACAAAAGGGAUUUGAUUGCAGUCUUGCUAAUGGAAUCUGAUCAGAAUCUAAAGAUCAAGCAAGUUUCUAAUUUGAGUGGAACCAAACGGGGCAAUGAAGAAAGCAGUGAUGAUUCAGUUUCUGUGAACAAGAAAAAUAAGGAUUCUGUAAAUCUUGAAUUUGAAUUUGAUCUCAAUGCCUCGAUCGAGGAAGAAAACUGUGUUGACGAUGUUGAAAAACAUAACCAAUUUGUUCACGGGUUUGAUCUCAACGGGCCGGUCAAUGAGGUUAUUGACAUUUCGUCUGACGAUAACGACGAUGAUGAUAAAAAGUUAGUUAAUAGUUCUCUUUUUGAUCUUCAUUUGGGAUUUGAGAAUGGAAGUUUCGUUGAGAGAAAAUACACAAAAGAAGAAAAAGGAAAGGCAAAAGUUGAUGAUUUUUUGUCGUUAUCGCUCACAAGUGAAGUCCAACAAGCGGAUACACUUUACGAAGCUCCGGAACUCAAUUCCAGAGAAACUUCUGAGCCAAUUGCAGCAACGACAUCGUCGACAGUGCACCCACAAGUUUUAAAACAAGUUUUACAAAUCCCUAAAAAUCAAGAAAAAAAAGGUGGUGAUUAUUCACAUCUUGGUUCGGUAUAUGAUUUUUUGAAUAAGAUGGUGGAUUCUGAUAAAACGUCAAAAGCUUGUGGCGAACUAAAGGCUGUGAUAGAUCAAAUUACAAAACGCGAAGCUGAAAAGUUGAUUGACUGGAGUCCUUGUCGUGUUGACUUCCGUCCAUCUGUUGUCCCGUCAUUGUUGGAUCUUAGUUUGGAUGUUCUUGUCAAGAAUGCUGAUGCGAUUUCUUCAUUUGACCAUGUUCCUGAAUGGCUAAAAAGAAAGUUGAUCAAUUUGCUGUGUGAUACACAUAGAAUGGAUAUUCAUAUACUCGAGUUGCUUUUUAAAGAUUCUCCUAGUGAAAUACGCGUCAAAAAUUGUUCAUGGAUGACACAACAACAACUCACGCAGACGCUUGGAAAUUCGUGCUUGCAAAACCUAAGAGUGCUACAACUAGACUAUUGUGGUCAAUGCUCGUUUGACGAUAUCAUACCUAAUUCCUUAGCUCGGUCUCCAAACAGCUUACCCUUUUUAGGAAUUUUGUCGCUAAAGGGUGCAGCCCGUUUAUCCGACAACACUCUGAAACCUCUUUUUAUUUCAGCACCAUUACUUCAAUCUAUUAAUUUAAGCCAGUGCACUCUCCUCACACAUACUGCCAUUAAACAUAUGGUCUCUCAUUUAAAAAAUAAUUUGAAGGAACUAUACAUAGAUGAGUGCCCGAGAAUAGACGCGCACCUUUCCUCACGCUUAAUCAUCGAACUCGAGCAUUUGGAAGUUCUGUCAAUAGCUGGAAUUGAAACCGUAUGUGAUGAAUUUGUUGUACUCGUUGUUGUAUCUCUUGGAGAUAAAUUAAAGGAGCUUAAUCUCGCCGGUUGUGUAAUGUUGACGAAUAGCUGCUUGAAAUCUAUUGGGUACUAUUGCCCCAAUUUAUGUCAUCUGAAUCUUUCACAUCUGUGUCGUUUGACUGAUUUGGGUUUGUGUUAUCUUGCUGCUGGGUGUAAGUCACUCAAAUCACUCAAUGUUGCCCGUACUGAUUUCAGUGAUGAACUUAUUGCUGCCUUUCUGGAAACUUCUGGGAAAUCGUUAAAAGAACUUUCUCUCAAUCAUGUCAGCAAGGUUAGUUUCAACACUGCCUUCUCCCUUGCCAAAUUUUCAAAAGAUUUGGUAAGUUUGGAUGUAUCAUGGUGCCGUGAAUUAACUGACGAGGCAAUUGGGUUUAUUACCGAUAACUGCUCAUCAUUAAAGCUUCUAAAAGUCUUUGGAUGCACUCAGCUGACCGAGAGUUUUCUACUUGGGCAUGCAAAUUCACAAGUGAGUAUUGUGGGACGCAACCUUUCUUUGAUGGACCGUGUCAAUAUGUUAGAGCCUGAUGAGAUUCUGCUUCGUCAUUCCGCUCUCAAGACUCCCGAAAAUGGCCUGUAGCUUGAUGUUUUUCGCUUCUAAACUGAUAUAAGUCGCUAAGUAUAGUUUAAGAAAAUGCAUAAUGAUCUAUUUUCUAGCAUAUGAAGAUGAUAUGAACAUAUACUAGCUUAGCUAGUAAAAACGAAGGUUUUAGUAUUUUGAAUGGGUAUAUUUCAUAUUAUGAUUUUUGCCUGGAAAAAA